AUGACGGGUCAUCUCUGGUGGUAUAUCAUGUCAAGUAGCACGUCAACUGUUAUACCUUCCAGAAAAGAAGAAAACAGGAUCAUUCGCAAGAAGAAAGAGGAUCCACAAGAACUGAAAAUUAAGGAGGCCCCAAAGAUUUCAUCAGCCAUGUUCCUCAAGUUCAACAAUCAACUGGGCCCUCCAUUUCACGUGCUUGUCGACACGAACUUUGUUAACUUUGCGGUGAAGAAUAGACUUGACGUGAUUCAAGGCUUUCGAGAUUGUCUCUAUGCGCACACGAUUCCCUACAUAACGGAUUGCGUCAUGGGUGAACUGGAAAAAGCCGGACGCCGGUUCAAAAUCGCUUUAAAGGUUAUAAAAGAUAACCGGUUUCAACGUCUGAAAUGCGAUCACAAGGGCAUUUAUGCUGAUGACUGCUUAGUGCAACGCGUCACUCAGGUAUCAUCCCAUGUGCUUACUAUUUUUUUGAAUAUGGCGUUCUUCGCUGUAUAG